CAAACUCAUAAAUUAGGAGUGGCAUUCAACUCAACAGUGUGAGUGAGUGAUAGAUUCCAAAUCAAGAUUUUCCUUUUUUUUUUUCUUCUUCUUUAUGCAACGUGAGUUUUCUCUAUUUUUCUACUUCAUUUUUUAAUUUUCUCUUUACCCAAAAAUCCAUUCAUAACCCUAAUUUUCAUCGUGUUAAUAAUCAAUUUUUCACAUGAUGAUGAUGAUUUCACAUAUUCUAACUAAAUUUUGUUGCUUUUUUAUUUAUUUAUUUAUUUAUAAUCAAUCAAUAGGUUAUAAAAUCAUAAGAAUCCAAAAUCACGAUUGAAGUAAUUUACAAAGAAAUUAAAAUCACAAUCUAAAUUUUGGAAUUGAAUUGGCUAUGGAUGAAUUGGGAAAUUGUAGCUGUUAUUGGAGUAGAGAGCAAGAUAUAGCGUUUGAAAAUGCGUUGGCAAAUCAUCCCGAGGAAUGGGAGCAAUUUGCGGCGCAUGUAACUGGGAAAAGUUUGGAAGAAGUUAAGCGUCAUUAUGUGGAUUUGAUUGAUGAUGUUAACCACAUUGAAUCUGGUUAUGUGCCUCUGCCGAAUUAUAAUGAAAUAAGAGCUGUCAAAAAGAGAACUAAGACUUCAAGAACUGUUCAAGAAAGGCGAAAGGGUAUUCCUUGGACAGAAGCUGAACAUAGGUUAGUUAGUUUAUCUUUGCUUUGGUAUUAAGAGUAGUUCCUGUUUGGAUAAACAAUUUAUUUGCAUCUUAUACCACAAGCGCUUAUCAUGAUAAAUAGUUAUGUAUAAGUUUGUAUAAGCUAGUUUUAUAGCAAAAGAUUAAAUAAAUAUAAAUUGUUUGUAUACAUGUUACGGGCUGUUUUAAUAAGCUAUAUUGGAGAACUUAUGAAAAUAACCUAAAAAACUUGUAUGAAAAUUGUCAUAAGCUGUUUUCAUAAGUUCUCCAAAACAGUGUCACAAAACUUAUGCCAGUCGAUAAGUUGAAAUAAGUCAAUCCAAACAGAC